AAACCAAACAUCAGCGCAGUCCAACACUUCAACCAACAAUCCGUCAAGUGUUGCGAUUUACUCUCCUAUUUUGGCCUAUUAGAGUCUAUUCCGUCAUUUGGUUACCCGGUGUCCUCUAUUGUUCCUUUCCACUGAUUCGCUAUGGUCUUCAUUGUUACACCUAUUGUCCUCACCAUCAUCAUCGGCACGCUAAUCUACCGUCACUAUCGACCCGAUCCCUAUGUGAAGUCUUUCGUAUGCCCUGAGGAGGAUAUAAUACAAACGAACGGAUGCUUAGGUCCAAAGGACUGUCUCUAUGCCCACCCGAAUGACUGUUACUCCUACAUACAGUGCGUUCACGACCCAGAAGACGACACCUGGAAGCCGUUGUGGCUACCAUGUCAAGGAGGACUAGAAUGGAACGACAUUGAGAAGAUCUGCGAUUGGCGAGACAAGUCAACCUGUCGUCGAGGAAUGCGCCAGAAGAUGCAGAAGUUCAAGCGAGCUACUUCCCAGAGGGUGAGGGCCCCGCAGAAUUGGUUCGCACAUCAUGUCAAACAAACCCAUGUGCCCUCCACUGCCGGUUAUGGACCGAAACCGCGCUCGCCCGGCGAAGGAAACUCGCCCAAUGAAGGAAAUACGACUUCUUCCAACGCAGCCCAAGCUCAUUCGGAACCGCACACCGCUGAGACCUUGAUCCCUAUGCCUAACACUUAUGUACAUGGCAAAGACCCUAUGAUGGUGGAUCCGGUCCUGGAUAUCAUUGACGAGAUCAUUCACGGUCCAGGGCGUCUCACCUUUGAUUCACGAUAGUCGGCCGUGGGGUGGGGCUCGAUUGCAAGCUAGUCUGGAGGAACGCCGUGGCAGUCAUGGUUCAAACGGACACGGAAAUCAAUCCUAAGCAAGAGAAGCGGGAUCGGACCUGGAACCGUGAUCUUAUUGAAACGAUCGGCUGCUUUUGUAGAUUACAAUGAAGUCUUCCCAUGUUCCAUG